GACACAGAAACCGUUGCAUAAAAAAAAAAGGGUUCAAUGACCGCCAUUUUCUUUGUUUUUUUUUUCUACACUAUGGAACCAACUACUGAAAAGAAAUCGAAUUUACCACAGUAUGGAUUUGUUGGCAAUCAAGUAUCACCUAGGCAAAGAGAACAACAGCAACUAGAACAACAACUACACCAUAACAAAGGUGGUUAUCCCGGUAUUGUAGGAGCAACACCUUCUGAAUUCAAAGGUGUCCAAGGCUACGACCCGCAAGGCAAUCCUAUCUUGCCUGGCUUUAUUGCUCAACGACACCAAAUCGAACAAAGUCUGGGACCUACCUGUCUGGAUGGUGCUUAUCAUGAUUUGCGUAUGCAUCUCACCACCAAAUCAUUAUGCUUUGCUUUCUUAAUCCUUCCUUAUUGUUGUGGUUGGCGAGGUCAACGUGAAUGCGUAUGUACGAAAUGCAAUCAAAAGUUCCCUCAGCUUGUGCUUCCUUCACAAUAAAAACAC